UAUAAAUACAAGUAAUUUGAGAUGACAAAUCUAUAGAUGUUAGGGCUUGCAACAUCUGAUUCUCUUUCUUGUUUGAUAUUUUGACCAAACCACCGACGACUUAGGCUUACUUCUUCAAAGUCAUGUUCAAGAAUUUCUGGGGCUCUCAGGCCCGCCCCCAGGAAAUGUCCACAAACUCAUGGUAUCCAUCUUCCGUCAUUAGUUCAUCCAGCUCCUCACGCCCUACAACGCCUGGAUCCAGUACCUCUAGCAGCUUUGGUGUAUCGAGACCGACUGACCGACCAAAUUCUUCGUCAAAUGUUUCACCUGCAGAGGCCGCCGGCAUCAUUGCUAUGCUAAAAGAUAAGAGUGUUGAUGAACUUAGAAAGCUUCUAUCAGACAAGGAUGCGUAUCAAAAUCUGUUGCAUUCACUGGAACCUGUCAAAACACAAAAUAGGGUCAGAGAUGAACUCAGGAAUGAAACACUGCAGCUAGCAAGAGAGAAUCUCGAAAAGGAACCACGUAUAAUGGAGCUAAGGAAUCAGUGCAGAAUAAUCCGAACUACAGAGUUGGCUGCUGCUCAAGAAAAAUUUCAUGAACUAGAAAGAAAAAAGGACGAAAAUCUCAAGUACUAUUCUCCCUCAUCACUCAUCCAUCGGCUCCAAGAUGCGAUGAUUAAGACAGAAGAGGAGUCUGAGGCCCUGCACCGGCAGCUCCUUGAUAGAGAAGUCGAUCUUUCAGCCUUUGUACAGAAAUACAAGAAGAUGAGGCAUACUUAUCAUAAACGCACUCUUACCCACCUCGCCGCGAAGACUUGUGCAACCAGCUGAGCAAACGCUUCGUUUAGGAAGGAUCAUCGCACAUGGGAGUGGUGUAGUAGAACGAGCCAAGCGCGUAUUUAAGAAUGUCCCUGUACACGACAUUGGGGCGGUGGAGCUUGACCCCAGUCUUGCCACCGGCGAAGUUGGUUGCCACGUUGCAG